AUGGGAAAUAUAUUCGUGAAGAAACCAAAGAUUACGGAGGUGGAUAAAGCCAUUCUUUCUCUCAAAACCCAGAGGCGUAAGCUUGCUCAACAUCAGCAACAGUUGGAGGCUGUCAUUGAAGCCGAGAUACAAGCUGCAAAAGACUUGGUUCGGGAAAAGAAGAAAGAUAGAGCUUUAUUGGCUUUGAAGAAAAAGAAGGUUCAGGAAGACUUACUGAAGCAAGUUGAUGCUUGGCUCAUCAACGUUGAGCAGCAAUUGGCAGAUGUUGAACUGGCUAGCAAGCAGAAGGCAGUGUUUGAGAGUUUGAAGGCAGGAAAUAAUGCUGUUAAAGCAAUACAAAGUGAGAUCAAUCUAGAUGAUGUUCAAAAACUGAUGGAUGAUACUGCUGAGGCCAAAGCUUAUCAAGAUGAGAUCAAUGAAAUUUUGGGAGAGAAGCUAUCGGCAGAGGACGAAGAGGAAAUUUUGGCUGAAUUUGAAAAUCUCGAGACUGAGUUAACCCUUCAAGAUCUGCCAGAAGUUCCUUUUGAGAAAGCAGCUACUGAAGAACAAGAAGAGAAUUUGGAUCUUCCUCAUGUUCCAACCAAAGCACCAGUCAUUUCUGAGGUGGUGGCUGAUUCUGGACCAAGAAAAGUUAUGGAGGAACCAUUACCUGCUUGA